GUACUUGCUGGACAUGCGCGUUCACGAUUCUGAAAAAAGCACACGUGAUCUACCAGAGACCAAUCGCUAACACAGCUUUUGCGCGUUCUUGAUAAAAGCAGAGAAGACCAUAAGAAGGGGAAACGCGCUAUUUAAUUUCUUUACUUUCAUCCAAUUUCAAGAUAAAGCACAAUGUCAGACGAUAAAGGAAAGGAGGGGGUCAAGACGGAAAAUGAGCAUAUCAAUCUUAAAGUUGCCGGCCAGGAUGGAUCCGUCGUACAGUUUAAGAUCAAGAGACAUACGCCUCUGAGCAAGCUGAUGAAGGCCUACUGUGAGAGACAGGGCCUCUCCCUUCGACAGAUCCGAUUCAGGUUUGACGGACAGCCCAUCAAUGAAACGGACACACCUGCACAGCUGGACAUGGAGGAUGAGGACACAAUCGACGUCUUUCAGCAGCAGACAGGAGGAAGCUGUUAAAGGACAACCCCCCCCCCUCACCCCUCCCCCUGGCUGUCCUACCCCCCCCACCCCAACCCCUGGACCCUCUACC